ACUCUGAAGUGUUGGUAUUCAGAUAAGUGUUAGGAUUCGAACGCCAUGUCAAGGGUCACUAGUAAACAGAAAUAGAUCCAGUUUUAUUUGAUAGAGGGCUUUCUCUAUGUCCAACGUAUUAUGGCGCCAAUGUUUUAUAAAUAUGUGUUGGUGAUUUUUUGGUGUUUGCGUUUAGGGUAUCCGGAAAAACUCAAUAACACAAUAGAGAAGUUAGAAGAUGAAACUGCAAAGAAAUCGACUACUAUGUAUGACUACCAUACGAGAAUGUCAGCUUAUAAGGAUUUGGUUGGUUCGGGAUGUUACUUAGAAUUUAUUAAAAAUGGGGAACCAUCUUUCAGUCGAAGAUUAGGAGAUCAUUCAAUAAAGAAACUACCAGCAGGAUUGUAUAUAUCUGAAGAAAAAUUAUCCAAGAGGAGGAUUUGGGAUUUAGCUGGUCCAAGAAUAUGGGAAUUUUGCAAAGGUUUUCCAACGUACUUGAUUCAAGAAGUUAAAAACAAUGAUCGUGAUUCAAUCAAUCCAGACGAUAACGAUAUAAUAAAAUCACGUUUGAGGAAGAGAAGGUCUACCAGACACUAUUUUGUUGGUAAAUUGAGGGGACAAACACAGUCCCAAUACAUGAACUUUGGUCAGUCUAAUAAUUCAAGUGGAAAAGCUGAAGCCGAAUCAGAAUAUGGUUUAUCCAGAGCUACUGUUGUUGGUACAAAUGGAAUGGGUCAAGCACAAAGUCAAAGUAGUCCGUUCGACUGUGAUGAUUGUUAUAGGCCGAUUAAAACUUCUGAAUACGAACCAGUUCGUGGUACCAAUACAGGAGAAUGGGAAACUUCUUCAGAGUCUGCUUAUCCAAGACAACCCGGAGUAAGACCAGGACCUCUUACUCGUCCAGAGCAAGGUAGACCAUUGACGCCUAGUUAUCCCGGCAGACCAAUACAACCAGGUAUAGAAGAACGGCCAAGACAACCCGGGUACCCUGGUGGACCAGAGCAACCUGGUUAUCCUACUGGACCAGCACAACCGGGCUAUCCUAUUGGACCAGCUCAACCUGGAUAUCCUGUUGGACCAGCACAACCUGGCUAUCCUGUUGGACCGGCACAACCUGGCUAUCCUGUUGGACCGGCACAACCUGGCUAUCCUACUGGACCAGCACAACCUGGCUAUCCUACUGGACCGGUACAACCUGGAUAUCCUGUUGGACCGGUACAACCUGGCUAUCCUAUUGGACCAGCUCAACCUGGCUAUCCUGUUGGACCAUCACAACCUGGCUAUCCUGUUGGACCAUCACAACCUGGCUAUCCUGUUGGACCAUCACAACCUGGCUAUCCUGUUGGACCAUCACAACCUGGCUAUCCUGUUGGACCAACACAACCUGGCUAUCCUGUUGGACCAACUCAACCAAGCUAUCCUUCUAGACCAGCACAACCUGGAUAUCCUGCUGGACCAGCACAACCUGGCUUUCCUGUGGGACCAACACAACCUGGCUAUCCUAUUGGACCAGUUCAACCUGGAUAUCCGGGUAGGCCAGGACAGCCUGGCUAUCCUUCUGGACCAAUACACCCUGAGUAUCCUAGUGGACCUAUACAGCCUGGAUAUCCCGGUAGGCCUGCUAAACCUGAGUAUCCAGAUCAACCAAGUUAUCCAGGAAAACCCACAAGACCUUUACAACCUGGGUAUCCCAUUGUACCAGAACAACCUGGAUAUCCUAGUGGAACAACUCAGCCUGGCUAUCCUGUUGGACCAGCACAACCUGGCUAUCCUGUUGGACCGGCGCAACCUGGCUAUCCUACUGGACCAGCACAACCUGGUUAUCCUGUUGGACCGGCGCAACCUGGCUAUCCUACUGGACCAGCGCAGCCUGGUUAUCCUGUUGGACCGGUACAACCUGGGUAUCCCAUUGUACCCGAACAACCUGGAUAUCCUGGUGGAACAACUCAGCCAGGAUAUCCUAUUGGACCAGCACAACCUGGCUAUCCUGUUGGACCAUCUCAACCUGGCUAUCCGGUUGGACCAGCACAACCUGGCUAUCCUGUUGGACCAGCACAACCUGGCUAUCCUGUUGGACCAUCACAACCUGGCUAUCCUAUUGGACCAUCACAACCUGGCUAUCCUAUUGGACCAGCUCAACCUGGAUAUCCUGCUGGACCAGCUCAACCUGGAUAUCCUGUUGGACCAGCUCAACCUGGAUAUCCUAUUGGACCAGCACAACCUGGCUAUCCUGCUGGACCAGCACAACCUGGGUACCCUGUUGGACCAGCACAACCUGGAUAUCCGACAGGUCCAACUUAUCCUUCACAAGUUGGCAGACCAGGACAGGGAACUCAUGGACAAUUUGGAGGCAAAUUCGGAGGGGAUUACGAUAUUGGUCACACUGGAAGAUUUUCUGGACAGUUUUCGGGUGUAUUUGACAUAAAUGGACACCGCUCACAUCAAGGAACUAUUCAAACCACUGAGAAUAGACCAUAUACAGGAUAUAUCUACCCCUACUCCACAAUGAAGCCUGGAAUUGACUCUAGACCAUCUCCUUCUCAAGGAUCUUGGUAUCCAACGAAUGAUAAACCUACCAGUCAAAUACCAGGUCAAAUUCAUUAUGGACCGAGCUCCUUGCCAGGACAGGCUUAUUAUCCGUCUGGUACACCAGGACAGGAAUAUCGACCUACAUCAGCCACAGGACAAGUUCAAUACCCCUCAGGAAGUAUUUCAGGACAGGAACAACAUCCACCUGGUAUCAUUUCCGGUCAUAAUCAGUUUUUACCUGGGGCUUCCCCUGCACAAUAUCCCCCUGGAAGAAUACCAGGACAGGUUCAAUAUCCACCUGAACCAUCACCAUCUAGACCCGGACAAGUUCUACAACAACCUGAGGGAACCCAAGGUAGUCCAGGACAAAUUUAUAACCCACCAGGUAAAAUUCCGGGAGAAAUACAGUACAGGCCAGGAUCAAUCCCAGGACAAUAUCAACCAGGGGAAACUCAAGGUUCGUAUCCACCUGGACAAUAUAGACCAGGAGUUAGCACUGGACAAAUUCAACAAGGUCAAGGGCAAUAUGGAACUGACGCUAAGGUACCUUCUAAUCUUUCCCGUGACGAUGGUGAUUCACAGGUUCAAGCAUCAGUACUUCAAAACAGCAACCAGACGCAAGCGAGUGCGCAAGCUCAAGGAAAGCUCGAAGGUGGAACUGCACAAUCCCAAGUGACAGGAACCUACUCAGGAAGUGGUUCCUUUAGCGCCUCUGCAGGAAGCGAUGAUGGAAAAAGGGGAGCUCUCACUCAAAUAUCUGGUGGUAAACAGGGGGCUACAAGUGCAGCUCAAGGUCAUGGUGGAAAAGGCCAAUCGCAAGCUCAAAUGCAGUUGUUCUCAGAUACGGGAAGAAUCCUCUCUGCGGCACAAAGUGGUGGAAAUUCUUUUACUUCACAAACACAGGUGCAGGGAGGCGAAGAAGGAGGCAUGGCUAAUGCGCAGUCAAAUGGUUCUGGUCAAACUUCCUCACAAGCCCAAAUUGGAUUUUCUCCUCACAAGAAAGAUGACCCUGUGGAUGCUGCACAGAAGAAUUAUUUCUUAGGUGGUGGAACAGCCAGUGCUCAAGGCAGUUCAGUUUACGGACAGUCGCAAUCGCAAAUUCAGGGCAAAUUCAAAUAUGGAAUAAAAUAUAGUGGCGGUGCUCAAGCGCAAACUGGAAAUAAUAGAAACAAAAAUUCAACUAACAUCAAAUUUGAUCCACAAUUUCAGCUCAAACCAAUUUCGCUACUUCCAGCAUCUAACACUCAAAAUACUGAUAGUAACAUAUAUACUGAAAGUAAGAAAGAGGCAACAAGAGAUAGAACAGAUCAAAAUGAUGAGAUAAUAACCACAACUGAAACAGGAGAAACUGCAGCACCAAUAGUCGAAAAUUCUGUUUCGAAAAAUGAUAACGAUGAAACUGAGGAAUACGAUUAUGAAGAUAAUGAAACUGAAAAAUCGUCAAGUAACAACAUCGUGGCCCAAACAAGAAAUGGUCAAACACAACAUAUAGUUUUACCAAAUAUGAGAAACUUAGAUGCGAAAGUCGUCCAAGCAAAUUUCGAUAAUUAUCAGGAAAAAGUUUAUCAACCACAAGUUAAUCUACCGUUACGACAAGGAGAUACUUUCGAAUCAGGACAAACAAUUCCAGGUAUUUCUGGGUACCGAAUUCCUCCGGGCUUCAGAGGAAAAGUUAAGUCAGUUGCUAGUCCUUCGCAAACAUAUACUGUUGGAAAAAAUUCUCAAGCUCAAAGUGUUACGAUCACACCAGGUAAUGGAAGAAUCACCUACCAAAAUUCUGCUAGGAAAAGAAAUAAUUACAAAACUAUUUACAAUAAUUAUGAACCCAAUCAAUAUUACUUCAGAAGUGGUGAGAGUGCAAUGCCAAAUUUUUUCUCGAUUUCAAAAUCAGAAACAGGAUAUGAUAAUCCCAUGACUGGAAGAAGAGUAUCUUCUUCUACACAUUAUACACAAUCGUCCACUUGUGGUUUGAUCACCAAUACAUGUGUUAUUCGAAAUAAACAAAGAGUAUGUUUACCAAACAUUGUGAGGAGUUCAGAUGGAUCAAUCAGAAUUUGUUGAAAAUGAAAUCAGAAGGAAUAACAGAAAUAUAUUAAAUUAGUUUAGAGGUACUGAUUAGCUGUCAAAUACGACAAUGCUUUCCUACUGUGAAAAUUUGUAGCAACAUAUUUUGCAUAUGAAAAAUGACACUAAUUUGAAGAAUAAACAAUAGUACAAGAGUGAAAAAGUUCGAGGAUAACACAUUACUUCAAAAAAUGUACUUAAUUCAUUUACAAAUAUAAAUUUUAACAAAUUUCAGGAGCUAUUAUGAAAAGAUUUUGUUACUUCAUUUUCACUCCUACAAAUGGUGUGAGUAGAUUCUAAUUAAAAAAAAUUAAGUACCAGUUUUUUCAUUACCACACUUAUUGCCUGCCUGCAUCAUUGAAAAAGUUUAUUUAUGUUCGAAAUAUAAUAUUAAUCUCUAUGUGAUUCUAAUUCAUCUUUGAGUUUAUAUUUGUAAUUAAAGUACCUAGAAUGAAUUUCUGGUUUAUUUCACCAAAAAUAUUGUUCAUAAUUCACUUAUGAUGAAACAUACAAUCACAAAUGAUUUUAUUAAUUGUUAUGCUCUUCACUUGACAUUUCAAGUGAAAAAUAAAAAACUCAUAAUCUGAAAACUCACUUCUAUAAAAUAAAAGUAUUGAUUGAUUUGAGAUUGAAUUUGUUCCUUCUUUUGAAAUUUAUCCCAAAGGAUUUUUAGAGUCUUCUAAAAUGUUCUCAUAAUAGGCAACUAUUCUAUGAAAUACCCAUUUUAUAUUAUGAUAAAUUUUAAUGAAUUAGGUUUAAAGUUUUCCAAGGAAGGAAACAUGAAUAUUUUUAGUAGGUGAGUCAUUUAUUAUGUACACUUUCAUAAAUAAAUAAAUAAAUUUAUAUGUGAGAAUA